CGAAACAUUUUAGGGGAGGGGGGAAAAUAUCAAACGCUCGCGAUCUUUUCGAGCACUUUCGAGCUCCCACUGCACAACCGCGACUCAUCUCUCUCUCCCUCCUCUGCAACGGACCGGGAGAACUCGCGAACGGAACGCUCAUGCGUCGUGUCGACCGCGAGAUUCCGCCGGAAGUACUUGCGCGGGCCCGUAGAUUCGAUUGUUAUGCGGCGACCUCCGUUUCUCUUAGAUGAGAAUCCAGCGGCUGCUCGUGAACUUGUGCGGCGGCCUUCCCGGACAGCUUGUCAUGGAUCAUCUCGCUCUGCAGCCGCCUCAUGCUGGGAUCGUGUCCCGCUACUUGCACCGGCUGCAUUCGUGCCACCGUAGCUGCAUUUAUGUUCCAGGCCGCCGUUUGAGUUCUCGGGUUGUUGUAGCAUGUGGCGACGGUGGAAUUCACGAUCUCAUUGAGGAUGAUUGGGAUGGGAAGGAUUCCGGUGCAAAUCUCGAGGAUGAAUUUGAUCCCUUCUCGGUGUGCAAGAAAUACCCGUCCAUCAUCAUCGGCAGUUCGCCGACGAUAGAGCUGUAUGACGGGACGACAUCUUUCUCUUCUGCAGCAACCCAAAGUUGCUGGGGAUUUCCCCCCGCUGCUGUCGAUGCGGAUUGGGGUGUUCCUAAUAGACUCUGCAAUGCAUGGUCCUCGUUGUCUGUCUCUCUCGAAGAGGAAAAGUCUUCAUCACAAUUGCCAAUGGAAGAAAGCGUUGCAAGUUUGCUACCUGAUGAGCCCAUGCCUGUGGAAAUUGGAAGUUUGGAUAGCUCAGUAGUUGAGGAGGAAUCUUUGGAUGAAGUGGAUGCUGAAUCAGAUUCAGUUGCUGCAUUGGUUGAGAUGAUUCUCGACAGACCGAUCAGUUCCUUACCUGGAUUGACUAAGAGGCAGCGCCAUCUACUAGAAAAGAAUGACUUUCACACGAUACGAAAACUGCUAAACCAUUUUCCGAGGACUUAUGCUGAUCUUCAGAAUGCACAUUUUGGAAUUCAGGAUGGACAAUACUUGAUCUCAGUUGGCAGGAUUUUGUCCUCCAGAGGAAUCAGAGCAGGCUCUUCAUUUUCAUUUCUAGAGGUGGUUGUAAGUUGUCAGAUCGCUGAUGAUAAAUCAACUUGGGAGCAUAUGAAUGGUGAUCUAGAUGAGAAGGAGAAAAAGACAAUCUAUCUGCAUCUGAAGAAAUUCUUUCGUGGUACUCGUUUUACUAGUCAAUCUUUUCUAAGAAUCCUUCAGGAGAAGCACAGAGUUGGGGACAUUGUGUGUGUUAGUGGCAAGGUAAAAUCUAUGAGUUCUGAAGAUCAUUAUGAAAUUAGAGAAUAUAAUAUUGACGUGCUUGAAGAUGAAGAGGACUCCUCUCUCUGCACUGCUGGGAGGCCAUACCCUAUAUACCCUUCAAAAGGUGGCUUAAACCCUACCUUUAUUAGGGAUGUUAUUCAAAGAGCUUUGCAAACCUUGUCUUUUGGUGUGGAUCCUAUUCCAAAAGAUGUCACUCAGGAACUUGGAAUUUUAGGUCUUCGUGAUGCAUACAUGGGAAUUCACCAGCCAAAGAAUAUAUAUGAGGCUGAUUCAGCUCGCAAAAGGCUGAUAUUCGAUGAGUUUUUUUACCUGCAGUUGGGACGCUUAUUCCAAAUGCUUGAAGGUCUUGGUACAGAAAUAGAGAAAGUUGGGUUGCUGGACAAGUACAGAAAACCUGAAAUGAGCUCCACAUAUGUUAAGGAAUGGUCUAGUCUUACCCAAAAGUUUUUGAAGACUCUUCCAUAUGACCUCACAACUAGUCAGCUAAGUGCUGUUUCCGAGAUCAUAUCAGAUCUAAGGAGACCUGUUCCCAUGAAUAGGCUCUUGCAGGGUGACGUGGGAUGUGGCAAAACCGUUGUAGCUUUUUUGGCUUGCAUGGAAGUAAUUGGCUCAGGAUAUCAAGCAGCUUUCAUGGUUCCAACUGAGUUGCUUGCGAUCCAGCAUCACGAGCACUUGCUUGAUUUGCUUGAGAAAUUGGACAUCGAAUCCAGACCUUCUGUUGCUUUGCUUACUGGUGGAACACCUUCAAAACAAUCUCGGGUCAUUCGUGAGGGGCUCCAAACUGGAGAAAUAUCGAUCGUUAUUGGAACUCACAGUUUAAUAGCCGAGAGGAUUGAGUUUUCUGCCUUACGUAUUGCUGUGGUGGAUGAGCAACAUCGGUUUGGUGUGGUUCAAAGGGGGAGGUUUAAUAGUAAGUUGUAUUAUAACUCUGUAAGUUCAAGAACUGCUGCAGCUCAUCUUGAUGAUCCUUCCAGAGGUGAUGCUAAUAUGGCCCCUCAUGUCCUUGCCAUGUCAGCCACUCCAAUUCCCAGGACACUUGCUUUAGCAUUGUAUGGAGAUAUGUCCAUGACACAGAUCACUGACUUGCCUCCUGGAAGAAUUCCCGUUGAAACACAUGUAAUUGAAGGAAAUGAACAAGGCUUUCAAGAAAUGUAUAAGAUGAUGUUGGAUGAGUUAGAAGCAGGAGGGAAGAUUUACCUUGUUUAUCCAGUAAUUGAGCAAUCCGAGCAACUGCCUCAGCUUCGUGCAGCUUCUGCUGAUCUAGAAGACAUUUCUCAACGAUUCAAGGAUUACAACUGUGGUUUGUUACAUGGGAAAAUGAAAAGCGACGAGAAAGAUGAAGCUUUGCGGCGAUUCAGAUCAGGUGAUACAAAUAUACUGCUUUCCACACAGGUGAUUGAGAUUGGUGUGGAUGUCCCAGAUGCAUCAAUGAUGGUUGUGAUGAAUGCUGAGCGAUUUGGGAUGGCUCAGUUACACCAACUCAGAGGACGAGUUGGACGUGGAGUGAGAAAGUCCAGAUGUAUCCUUUUAGCAUCUACUGUCGGUAGCUUGACCCGUUUGAAGGUGCUGGAGAAUUCAACUGAUGGCUUUCACUUGGCAAAUAUGGACCUUCUCUUGCGUGGACCUGGUGAUUUGCUUGGUAAGAGACAGUCAGGACACCUUCCAGAAUUUCCCAUUGCCAGACUUGAAAUAGAUGGGAAUAUUUUGCAAGAUGCACAUCAUGCUGUAUUGAAAGUUUUGGGUUCUUCGCAUGACCUGGAGCGUUACCCAGGGCUAAAGGUAGAGCUUAGCAUGCGUCAACCACUAUGCCCUCUUGGAGAUUGAGCUUUGAACCCGAAGAUGCCUAAGGCACAAAAUGAUCAAAUUCAUUUGCAAGAUGGAGCUCCAGAGAUCUGGCAGGACUUAUUUUUCAACAAGUUCUCAAACUGGGUUUUGUAGAGCUCGCACUCAGUGUACAUAACCUUCUUUUGUGGCUGUCAUGGUAUGCAUGUGGCAGUUAAUGCCAGAAGUUGAAAGGUUCAUGCUUUCUGGGUGAGUGGUUCACCCUUUUCCCUUUUAACCUUUUAAGAGUAGGAGCUUACGGAAUAUUUGUACAGUCUCCGUGAUGUAAGCUGAAACAAUAGGUGCAUGGGCCUCAGGUCACUUCUUUUAGUGCAUAGCUACUCUGAUCUAUCUCAUGGUUGUUGACUAUACUGUUUUGCUUGAUUGUUGCCAUUGUUCUAGAAUGACAGGCAUGAUCAUUGGAGCGAUCAUCGCACUUGACUCUUGUACAUACUGGAAGGAUUUGAUGUCAUUUAUAACCAAAGAUUUUGUCAUGGAAGAAGCAUUCUCGUGAGACUUAGACAAAAUACUACAGGAAAGCCUCGAAUGCAGAAGAUCUUUUCAUCAAUCAAUCAAGCUACAAGUAAGGAAGGAAGUGCUACUGUAAAGUAAUUGAGAUAGGAUGCGCCGCUGGAGAGCUAAUGGCUCGUAAUGUCUUCAAUCUCCAACGUUUUUUGUUUUUUUUAAUAAAUUUUGUCCUGACUGAAAGUGUUACGCAGCUGAUUAUGCCUUUUUUGGGUUACCGUAUCUGUGGAAGUUCUCACCUACUCAU